AUGCUGCAGGAUCUAUCCUUCCCAGGUCCUCCUAUAAAAAGGAUUGAGGAGGCAUGGAAACUGGACAAGUUAAGCAUGAAAAUGAAGAAGAUGAAGCUGAUAAAUGCUGCAUUGCUUUGGUGGGUGGCCAUAUCCAUUGCCAUGCCAUCGGCUUAUGGAAGCGUUGAUCAAAGCCCCAAAGCGGUGGAAAAAUGGUUCAAGGAGCUUCGUCAUGGAAAGGAGAAGUUGACAAAGCUUCACUUCUAUUUGCACGACACGGUAACUACCAAGAACCCCACAACUGUACAAGUGGCUCAAGCCAACAUGACUAGCAAAUCACCAACGCUGUUCGGGGAAACCGUAGUCCUCGAUGACCCAUUGACAGUGGGACCUGAGCCCUCUUCCAAGAUCAUCGGUCACGCCCAAGGUAUAUACAGUUCGGUUUCCCAAGAGGGAUAUUCACAGAUUAUGAUUCUGAAUUUGAUAUUCAACUAUGGCAAGUUUAAUGGCAGCACCCUUAGCCUUCUGGGUAGUAAUCCCAUAUUCAAUGAGUACAGGGAGAUGCCAAUACUAGGUGGUACUGGGGCUUUCAGAUUGGCCCGUGGAAUAGCUACAGAAAAAUCCUAUGCUGUCAAUGUUACCACAAAAAAUGCUAUUGCUGAGCACCACGUCCUCGUUCUGCAUUAUUGA